GUUGAUUUUGUUCAGUAAAUAAACUCAUUCACGCUUUAUACGAUUAAGCUUGUCCAGAUUAGGCAGCAAUACAGUUUAAAUGUCACAGCGCUCAGUUCAAUGUUUUAUCUUGAUUAUAAUGAAGUAACGUGUGCAUUUUUUCUGUUUAUUCAAUUUUCUGGUUAUACAAAGUACACAUGUUUUAGUCUUUCUCAGACAAGACAUGCUAAAAUAAGUGACACUGAACUGUAGCUCCAGGACUACUUUAUAAUUAAUUUAAAUAAAAAAUAUCCAAUAAAUAGUCGUAUUUAUUGGAUACUGCCCUAUAGACAAUGGCAAAACUCUCGAAAUACCACGCAUGAACAGACAUUUAAAUUUAAAAUGCCCUCAUUAAAGGUUAACACUAGUAGUCUGUCACUAAGGAUUCCCAAUUUGUCGAACCAGAAUAGGUGUCAUUGAGAGCAAAUGCAUAUCCUUCUGACUUAUAUUAUUAACUUUUAAGAAGAUACAGGAAAGGUUAAAAAAACAACAACAGUAGUACAGAAUUGUCAGAACAUUUUAAUUAUUUAAAUAUUUUAGAUUUUAAUUGAACUCUAUACAUUUUUGUGUAGCUUUUAUCCAAAAUUGUAAGAGAAACAGUUCAGUAAGCGCUUUCAAAUGAGAGCUGAUCAGUCUCACUCGAAAGCCCAUAAAUUAUUUUUGUAACACACAUAGUUUCCAUCCAUGUUUCUUGAUUUUGUUUCUCUGGAAAUAAACCAACAUGUUGUCUGCCUGGAGUUAAUCUGAUCAACAGAUUACUCCAUUAAGAAAAAUUAACAGCCUUGGCUCAGCGUGCAAUCUCUUUAAGUGCUAUGAUACCAUACACUUAAACUAACAAAAUAAUCAUAUUAAUAGUUGUAAAAGAAAUAUACUAUAUUUUAGAUGCAAAUUACAACCUUUUUAUUCUUGAUUCAUGAGCUUUUUUACUCAGUUUGUUGCAGGUUUCAACCCCUCGCCACUGCAUGUUUAUUCUCAAAGCCCGGUAAUCCAGAAUUUUCCACACUGGUUGCUGACGGCUGCACUGCAACAAUGCCAGAGUCCUCACAGGUCAAGGACGCUCGCCGCUGUUCUGUGGAAUGUAGAACACCUCCCUUGAGUCAGUUCAGCCAGUCAUCGCUGCCACUCCACAGAAACUCUCACAGGCUCAGCACCUUCUGCACAGAGCACAAUCUGCAGGAAUGCCUGUCUCACAUCAGUCAGGAGGUGUCACUGCUGGGUCUCUCGUCUGGCUGGACCGAGUCGGACAGCGGCUCACAGCUGAAUGUUGUGGCUGUGCUGAAUUGCAUGUAUGACCUGAUUCAGCUGCACCACAGGAGCCUGAGAACACUGGAGAACAUGGAAAUAGAGCAGCUGAAACUCAGCAGCAAUAUGGAUUUCCUGAAGAUCAAUAACACUCAUCUAAAGGAAGAGGUUGAAGUUUCCAAACGACAAAACAUGGGAUUGCUUGAGAGAGAACGACAGCUGCAGCUGAAACUGAAGAGUCUGCAGAACUGUCUGAAAAAUGAGAAAGAAGAGGUGCAAAAACUGCAGAACAUAAUUUCAAGCCGUGCCUGUCAGUUCAACCACGAAAUGAAAAGGAGGGAGAGAGAAUUCACUAAACUAAAGGAGCGACUGAAUCAACUCCUAGCUGACAAAAAAGAUAGAAAACCAGCUAUUGACGUAUUAAACAACAUUGGAAGAGCUGAUGGAAAGAGAAGCCUUUGGAAAACUGAAAAAACAGAGGCAAAGCAUGAGGGAGAGAUGUAUAGGACACUACUAAGCAACUACGACAUGAGGCAGAGGGAGAUGGUCCUGGAAAAUGCAGAGCUGAGGAAGGUGAUGCAUCAGGUGAAGAAGGAGAUGGUGUCCAUCCUGAAGUCAAGAAAACUGAUCCCCAAAGGAGAAAAUUAUGACCAUAAUGACACGCAGGCUGCCUCAGACGAAGACGAUGAGGUGUUUGACCCCAGUAAGGAAAGUUUAGAGCUGUUUUGUAUUGAUGCCAGGGAGAAGCUGACUAACAGUAUUCGCCUCCAGUGGAGAAGACUCAAGAGCCAUGUUGAAAGACUGGACAGCCAAGUAUCUUUGACUCAGAUAUCUGAGUCUAACAAUGAUGACGUUGUCCCUCGUGAGAAUCAUGAGGAGGAGAUGGACCGGCUAAAGAUGGAGAUCCAGCGGUGCAAAGAUUUCAUUCAAAAGCAGCAGCAGCUCCUACAGAAGCAGCUGAGCUGUGUGUGCAACGAAGACUCAGUGUCGCUGCAGAAUGAUGGCUACAUGCUGCAGGAGAAGAAACGCCUCGGUGAGGAAUGGAAGAGCUUAGAGGAACAGAGAAAGAGCUUUGAGAGGGAGAGGAGGAACUUCACUGAAGCAGCUAUUAGACUGAGCCAUGAGAGGAAGAUCUUUGAGGAGGAUCGGGGAACAUGGCUCAAACAGCAGUUUCUAAGUAUGAGUCCGUUUGGAAACUCAAAGCAACUUCAUGUGCCAAAGUCUGCAAGUGCCUUAUUGAUCGCUGAAACGGAGGUUAGUGCACCGAUGGGUCCAGAAACACUCAGCGAAUGGCAACCAGACUCGGCCUCUCCAAUACCCAGAUCGGUUUCUCUCACAUCGUCUUCUGCAGCUGAUUUGGAGUGUGAACUUCGCCUUAUUCCAGAAAAUGGUGUGACUUGCAGCUCGUCAAAACACAGAAAGGCAGAACAUUUUGAGGAAUUGAGCCCACUAUGCAAAAAUAUUUCUCUGCGGGACAAACAGUGGAGGGAGAGCGAAGACCUCAGCAACUAUUCACUCACACCUGAGAAGAGCAGUAGUAUAUGAAGCCAUGGAAACUUUUAUUAUUUGAAUGAGAAUCUCUUAAUGUAUGCUGUUUAUGCAUAGUUGCAGAAAUGUGUAUCUGAUGAAUGCAAACAUCAAAGACAGAGUAAAAUGAA